AUGAAGGAGGACGAGAAGAGACGCCAGUUCGAGGAGGACAACUUCACCAGGCUCAAUGUCACCAAGAAGGACAAGAAGAGGAGGAGGGACCUCGAACGCGCGACGGAGGGGCCGUCGAUGGAGGGUGCGGAUGAGUUCACAGGGCUGAUGGCGGUCGCCGAUCGCGUCAUGGCGGGCAAAGGAAAGAAAGGGGCUGCGAAUGCGGGGCGAGGGGGCGGUGAUGUGGAGGAAGAGCAGUACAAGUUGCAGAAGCUUGACGAGAUUACUGAGGCCAUGGAAACGGGCAACAGAAGAGCAUCUUCGCGAUCUUCUAGCAAGCGUCGGAAGCGAAAGUGA